UGUGACAAUUUUAUUUCAAGAAAUUGUUUUAUGAUUAAUUCGUAAUCAGUUCACUUUUGCCAAGAAAUAAAUGCUAGACCAGCAACAAUAUUUAUGUAUAUAAUUGUUUUAUGUUGAAUGAUUAAUGCAGUAAACAAAUUUUAGAAGCAUCAGAAUAUGGCUAAUGCUACCAAAAUAUUAUGAGUGACAUUUCCUGUUUGAGAAAUGGGUACAAGAUGGCAAAAACUUGGAGAUUAUCCAAACAAAUUGCUCAGGAACAGCAAAUGGAAAUAAAUAAUGAAAUAUAUGUAAUUGAUUCAUCAGAUGAUGAAUUCCCUAAUGAUGAUGGUUGCAGUUUAUCAGUAGAGAAAAUUAAUGAUAUAAUAAUCGGUGGUGUAGAUUUAAAUAAAGAUAUUAAUUUCACGACAGGAGAUACUGAUGAUUCUAAUCAUGAAAGCUUCAAGGAACGCAAAGAAGAAACAGGUGACGAACAUGUAGUUUAUAUUUCAGAUGAUUCUUCAGAUUCAGAAGAUAAUGGUGUAUCAAAUGCAUUGAAUAUCAAUUACAACCACCUAAUCGAUAAAGCAGCACGAAGUACAAAUUAUAAUCAUAAUUAUGAAAUUUCUGAUAAAGUAAUUAGUAAAGUUAGUAAUAUAGAAAACAAUAAUCUUAUUUCUAUAAUUGAUGAAGAUUGCUCUGUAACUGAAAAGCCAGAUAUUGAUAAUUAUAACACUAAGCAAAAUGCUAAACUAAAAAAUUUACAAAAUUGUUCAUCAAGCAGAAGCACAACUUGUUCUAUCAAUAAUGAUUCGAAUGGCUUGUUAAACAAAAAAUCUACUGUUGAUGAUGAACAAAUACUUGAUUCAAGAUUAAAAUUACUUCAAGAAGGGUCCAUUGAGGAUAAUAUUCCUUCAGUCAAUAUUACAACGGAUAAUUUUCAAAACAAGAGAAAGUUAAGUACAGAGAAUAUUGUUAAAGCAACAAAUAGCGUGGCAAAGGACAGCAAUGCUGAUAAAAAUUGUGUUAAGAAGGAUGAAAUAUCUAAUACUUUAAGCGCACAAUUACAUCAAUUUGAGUGUUUUGAAAAAAAUGCUAUAAAAUUGUGUAAUUCUUAUGAGAUGUGCAAGAAUUGGGAGCAGAGCAAAAUGUUUGUUGAAAUAUCUAAAGAAGAAAUUGAUAAGGAUCAAAAGAUGAUAAAAUUCGAGAGUCCAAAUAAGUUAAUGGAUACAAGUGUUAGAUUAAGAACAUCCAGUGGAACACCUUGUCCAAACAAUAUUCUUUAUGAGCAGACUAGUUCUAGCAAUAAAGGUAAAUCGGAUAUACAAAUUCGCUUGGAUUUUAAAAAUACUAAUCCAAAUAUAAAUAUUGAUGAAAAUGAAUUGCAUUUAGAAGAUAAACAACUGGUGACACACAAUUCAAUGUCUGAUCCAGAAAAGCAUGAUGAACAAGAUAUAAAAAAUGAUAUAUUUGAUUAUCUUAAAUUAGACAAACGAAGGCCAAUGGAAAAUAGAAGUGACUUGGAGAAUGAAAAUAAGAAUAAAAAAAGACGUUCAUUGCGUGUUGAAAGGCAAAAACAGAUACAAGAAAAUGCUAAAGAAUUAUUAAAGCUUAGAAAAGAGAAUGAAGCUUUUGAAGCUGGUGAAUGUCCCAAUGAUUUGAUAAAUGAAACUAUUAUUACAGUCAAUAAUAAACACACUUGCAAUGAUAAGCCUCCAGUGUUGGAACCAAUUUCACCUGAACUAAGACUUAAUAAUUUAAAAAAUUCUCCGAUAUCUGAUCUUCGUAUAUUUAACAACACAUCACAAUGUGAGUUGCCAUCAAAUAUUUCAGUAAACAACAAGAAAAAAUUAUUGCUGUCUAAACGAAAAUAUAAAUCUUCAAUAGAUACAAAUAAAAACUUUAAAUUGCCUAAUUCACAAGACAAAAGAAACUUUAGUGAAAAUUUUGUGGCCAAUAUUAGUCAAGCAACUAAAUCAAUUAAAUUAUCAUUGAGAAGUGAUGACAGUGACGAUAGUGAAUCAAACAGUUCAAGAACACAAAAACCAGUUUUAGAUAAACAAAUUAUUCCUAAAACAACAAUACAAGAAAAAUGUAUUAAUAAUUUAGAUUUAGGUAAUAACAUCAGGCCUCAUGUUCGGCUGAAAAGACUUCAAUCAGGAAAUAACAUACCGGUUGAUAGCAAAGAGCUCGAGAAAUCUAAAGAAAAAAAUGAGAUUAAUGAUACUUCAUUAUUAUCUAAUAGAAACUUCGGAUCCUUAGAAAUAUUUGAUAAGUUUAGUAAUAAAGUCUACUGUGAUAUUUUGCAACAAUCUCCUUGUUUGAGUUCUACAUUUGAUAACGGUUUGAUUAAUGAUACAGAAUCUAAUAGUUCAAAAGAUAAUGAUAAUUUCAUUGAGAAUUCUGGUAAAAAAACCAUCCCUACUAAGGUUGUUGAUUUAUCAGGUGAAAUAAAACUUACAACUACAUUUAACAAUGAAGGUGGUUUUCGGAGACUCAGAGAAAGGAGUCAAACAACAUCUAAUGGAAUUUCUAGUAAUGGCCAUAAUCAUGAAACAGAAAAAGUUAGUUCUUGCGAGAAAAUGCCUCGAUUGAAGAAAAUGGUUCAUAAACCAAAAGAGUUGAAAGCAUCAUAUGUUUUUCACAACAAGCAUGAUCUUCUGAAAUAUAUUAAUAAUAAGAAAAAUAAUAAACUUCAAAUAUCUUCUACAACAUUGAUUGAAAAUGAUAAUAAAAAGUUGAGCAGUACAGAAACUGAUUCAGGAAAUAUAUCGAAAUUUUCUAACAAAUUUUAUGAUGAUAUUUGUUCAGAUACAAAUAAAACAAGUGAUAUUGAAUCUUUAUGCUAUGUUGAAAAUAACAAAGAAGACGAAAUUGAAUCUUUCUUUAUCAAAAAUGAAAUUGUGAUAAUUGUAAGAAAAAAAACAGUGCAUUUUUAUGAACAUUGUACUGGUUUUAAAUUCUUUCGAUCUCCAAAACUGUGGCACCAUAAAGGCUUUUUAACUCGAUAUCAAAAUGAUCCAGAAAAGAGACUUGACCAAUUGACAAAUCAGAUUAUGUAUUCUGACAAAAUUACUGCUUACGUCGAAGUAUUAGUGAGACCAAGAAAGUUAAGUUCUUCACAUGAUUGUCCUGUUUGUGAAAUGUCUGCAGUUGUUUAUCGCAAUAGAUCGACUAAAGAUUAUCCUGAAAGAAGUAUCUUGCAUCUUGAUUAUGCACAAUGUUCUGUGAAUAAACUAUGUUUCACAGUUUUGCCUUCGGAUAGAGCUGUGGUUGUAGGAUUUACGAAUACAUCUUCUGACAAACCAUUAUUUAUUUUGAAGAAAUAUCUCAUGCCUAAACAGUACUCGAGCAAUAAUGAUAUAAUCACAUUACCAAGUGUAGAUUUUAGAUGCACAAACUUACAAGCCGUUAAUGCGGAUAUAAUAUUGGGUUACAAUACUGAAAAAAUUGUUUUUUGGCAUCAUGGGUAUGAAACUAUACUCAAAAUUGUCAAUUUAACAUCAAUUUCAAAAUCAAUCUUUAGCCCGGAAAAGUUUUCCACACAAUGUGUUUGGGCGCGAAUGGACUCAUGCGGUAGCAAAGGAUCUGCAUUACACAUCUUAAUUUUUCAUCCUGCAAGAAAUAGAUUUUCACUGCUUACUGCGACUGAUCAGAGUUGGAUCGAUUUUAAAGUGAUACAUGUAUAUCAGUUAGAGGUAUUUAUGGGAAGUUUGAAGUCAGUCAGCAUUGGAGGUUAUCGAGUUGUUGCUGCUUUUACAGAAGGAGCAAUAUCAUAUGAAUUUCCAUAUGAAAUGCAAGAAUACAACCUCAAAGAAUUCAGUAAAGCUUUUAAUGUCUGUACAUAUGAACCUUCGACUAUAUAUCCUAGCGGAGAGAAUGUAGUUUAUUAUAAAAACAAUACUGCCGUACCAUUAUGUAUAGAUCAGCUGUAAAAAUUGUAUACAGUAAAAUACCAUGUACAUACCCUCUAGCACACACACACGCACAUACACACGUAUAUAUAUAUAUACAUAUAUAUAUACAUAUGUAUAUAUGUAUAUGUAUAUUUACAGAAUAUGUACAGUGUGUAUACAUAUGAGUGAACACACAGAAAUCUAUUUCUUAAAUUGAU